CGGUAUUAGCUGAACUCGUAUAAACAAAUUUCAAAUUAUGUUGUACGGGUUUUUUCCACACGGCUAUAAUUUACAAACGGUCAUCAUCUAUACUACCGGUUAUGAACAUCAUCGGCGACGAAGCGUAUGGCAAGAAACUCUAACCCAAUACCCAAGUCAACUCCAGUGCAUUUACUGAACGGCAACGAUGACGGUCGCUCUGCGAAUUGUUAUUUUUUUGGUCGUCGCGGCGGUAUGUUGCACUUUGACAUUUGGCAUCCCAAUACCUGGCAAAACUAUUACUUACGAUCAACGGCAGAAUGGUGAAUUCAACUUACAGGUAGACUUGAAAGACAUUGCACUUUUAUUUUUGGGAGGAUCUGAAUUUUUAGGUGAAAGAUCUUCAGGUACCAAAUUGUUUAACACAUUCGAACGCCGUCACCAUGACAGUGAACAUUCAAGGAAAAAAACUAAAAAAUGUCCUUCGCACAUUACUUCUACUACAACCACUACCACUGAAAACAAUGUAAGCGAUCAAGUUACUAUUGCUACAUACACACCGAAUAUGAUAACUGAAAAUAACUACAAUCAUGAAACUUCUAAUACACUAAUAGAAGAAUCAAAUUUAACACCAUCACAAGCAAAAAAAGAAUUAUUGCAACAGAAUCCAGUACUUCACCACAAACUAAGUGUUACUACAAUUAAUCCAGAAUCCUCAAAUUAUCCAACUUCCAAUGCAAAUGAAAUCUUAAAUUUAGAAUCUGGAAGCACUAAUAAUCCACUAGAAGUCAAUGUUCAAAAAUACUCGCAAAUGAUCACUAAAACAAACAAACCAGAAGAAAACUCUACCGAAGAAAAUAUGAUCGCAGUGAAAACGUUAGACAGAUCAUCUAUGAAUGAUAUUGUAUCUUCUCAAGUUUCUUCAGCCAUAAAGGAAGAAUACGAAAAAUUGGUCGCAAUAAAUAUGGCGACUAAAUCUUCUCCUCAUUUAAAUAAUGUGGAAAAGCCGGUAGAUGUAAAAUCUCAAUCAAAAAUAGAAAAAGUACAAGAUUCUAUAACUGAACGUUCUAGUAUACCAGUAGGAGUUAUAAAAACAUCCUCAUUAGAUACUAAGCAGCCAACACAAAAUAAACAAGUUGAAACUGAAAAAUCUCCUGAUAUGGUUAUUGUAAAAACUGUAGAUAAACCAGUAGAUGUCAAAUCUGUGGUAAAGUCUGGUUCAGUUAUUGACGUGAAGAGUGCAAGUGAAAAUAAUAUUAAAAAAACUCAGGAGAAUCCACAAACAAGUAAUGAAAAUUUAACCAAAAAUACAGGAGAUUCCUUGUUAAAGUUAUCAGAAAGCGUCGUUAAACCUCAAGAAACAAUUGUUUUAAAAACGGCAAUAAAAGAAAUAGUGGCCGAAAAUCACGAAACUAGAGAUAAUUUAAAUAAACCAGUAAAGUCAGGGGAAGUAGUAGGAACAAAAGUCAAUCGAGAAAACUCAGUAAAACAUACAGAAAAUGCCAAAAAAGACAUGGUUGUAGUAAAAACUGUGGAAAAACCUUCUGUGGCCGUACAUCCUAAACCGGUAGAAAUCAAAGCUCCUAAUAAUAGAGGAUCUGAAAAAUCAGUUGUUACCAGCUCUAAAACAACAGAAACGCAAUCAAAUGUAGGCAAUAAUAAUACACAAGAAAAACCCGUUUCCAGUGAAAAUAUGAUUUUUUUUAAGACUGUUGAAACUCCAACUACUCCUUCUGUAGUACAACUAAGCGCUACGACACAAACAAAGAUAAAUGCAAGCCCUUCGAAGACAUUGCCAUUGACUACAAUCGGUACAUCAGAUUCAAGGAAAAUAGGUGACCGUAAACCAAUACCCUCUGUAUCUCUAGGUGUAGCUCCUCCAACGAUUGUUACAGCUUAACUGGGAAAUAUCCAAGAGAAAUAUGAAUUACGACUGAAAAGUAUUUGCCAUGUUUUAAAUGUUUAGUCAUUUCAUUUAUGUAUGUAUUCGAAAAUCAAAUAACAUUAUUUAAAGUCAAUUAAUUAAGUUAAUUAGGACGCUACAAGUUUAUUAUUAUAUUAUACGUAUUAAGUAAAUUUGUUUGUGUGUCAUUUUUAAAUUGUAUAUUUCAUUAUGUAAUAUAAAAUGACAUAAUAGAUAUAAAUAAAAAAAUAUUGAAAAAAUUAUAAAAAUGAUUCACGAUUAUUUUAA